CCCGCCCCGACUCCUCCCCGCCGGGGUCCUCACCGUCCUCUGCGCCUGCCCCUGUCGCUCUGGGCUGCGAAGGGGGAAUGGCGCUGGCAUUCGCUUAAGGAGCUGGGCCGUAUCGGGGAGAGUGGGCGCCGACAUGGAGGAGGACCCAGACCUGGAGAGGAAGGCUGUGGAAGAGUUACUUAAAGAGGCAAAACGCGGGAGAACCAGAGCUGAGACAAUGGGAGCUAUGGGUUGGUUGAAAUGUCCUCUUGCUGGUACAAAUAAAAGAUUUCUUAUUAAUACCAUCAAAAACACAUUACCGUCUCAAAAAGAACAAGACCAAGAACGUGAGCAAAAGGAAGACAGUAAAGAGCCUGAGCCGAACAAAAGUCGGAGAGAAGAAAAACCAAAGAAACGCAGAAUUCACCCAUACACACCCAGCUUUCAGUCCAGAAGGAGAGUCAGCUACUCUCCUCCAAGGCACGAAAGCAGGAACCAGCACACAAAGGAUAAGCAUGAAAAGCGAGCAAGCAAACGAUGAGGAGAGUGAUGAACAUGCAUUGUUAACAGCUAGGAAUAUUACUAAGUGUCGGACUGCAGGGAUGUCUCAGUUUUUCAGGAAAAGCUACUGUUCAAAACUGAAUUUUGAACCAAGAUGCUUGUUUGAGAAGUAACCUUGAGGUAGAUUUAGAGAACAUUUCCUUGAGAUCUGUAAGAGAAAAGCAGAAUGCAGCGUAAAUCUUUAGUUGUUUUAGAACAAACAUUCCUUUCCCUUUGCUUCAUUCCUCUUUCCCUUUCUGGCUAAGCUUAGAGUCUUGGUGAUGGAGUGUGGUAUAUGUGUCACUAAUAAAACUCAUUUAGUCAUGUCACCCUUUGGAAAAAAAAAAUUCAGCAGAGAUCUAUUUAUUGUGUAAAGCUGGCAGAACUUCUUUGCUGCUGACCAAUAAAGAAGUUUUGCCUGUUUGCAUUAGUUUAGUUUUACAGAAUCUAGAGGGAGGGAAAGCUGGUCAAUGCCUGGCCAAGCACAUGGAUUUUUGUAUAGAAUAUAAGAAUUAAAAAGAACAAAUUUAAAACGGGCAAUGCUUGUUUUGCUCUCCAGAAGGAACUACCAAGAAAUACUGAUUUGCUUGUUAUUGUAUAUUCACAAACCUAUCAAAGAUAAUAAACAUUACCAGUAAAAAGCCAUAACUGCAAUAAUUGUCUCUGUUUAGACUUCCCUCUGUAAGGAAAUAGUUUGAACAGUCUGUUGUCAUGGUGCUUUCAAAACAAACCUUGAAGUCAAAAUUAUCAUGUUCUCUGUCCACUGCUAGAAGUUUCCAAGUAAAUGUGUAAUACUAGAAGUGCAGAGGUGAUACUUAAAAACAGUCAAAUGGUCACUUUCCAAGCCUGUGUGACAAUUCUGUAGUGGUACAGUUCUUAAACUUGUGACUUGGAACACACAUCAGCGUGUUCUAUGUCUCACUUCUGUUUGUGUUCCAGUAACAAACUUCUGUGUGAAAUAUUUUGUAUUUCAGUAUUCUCAAAAGUAGGUGUUUUGAACAUAGGUUUCCGGUUUUUAAGUGUAUGGACAAUAAAGUGAAAAUGUUCAUUGAAA